GUCUGUCCUGCAUCUGCCGGCGGAAUUAAAAAAACCUAGCCCUGUUUCGAAGAGUGCCAAGUUGCUCUUCUAUUGAACUCAGCCCUCCGCUUCGAAGAAGGAAGAACAGUUGCGGAGAAUUGCAAAAGCCAAGCUAUGGCAAAGGACGAGCAAAGCAAAAAGCGAAAGAGAACGAAGAAGAAUGGGAAACUAACUCAUCAAAACGAGGCGAAGAGUAAGGGGCUUGAUAUUACUCCCGUUGAACACGAUGUCGAUUCUGCUAAGCCAAUGAAGUUGCAAGAACCCUCUAAGGCCUCUAGCUUUCUCGACAAGAUGCGAGAGAGGUUGUCAGGAGGUCAUUUCAGAAUGAUUAACGAGAAGCUAUACACAUGCACUGGGAAAGAGGCGCUAAAAUAUUUUCGAGAAGACCCAUCACUGUUUGAAUUGUAUCAUGCAGGAUACAAAAUGCAAAUGUCGCAAUGGCCUGAGCAGCCUGUUAAUGUCAUUAUAAACUGGCUGAAAACACAGUGCCCUUCUCUGGUUGUAGCAGAUUUUGGCUGUGGGGAUGCACUCAUUGCAAAAAGUGUGAAGAAUACAGUCUUCUCCCUGGAUCUUGUCUCCAGAGAUCCAAAAGUAAUUGCCUGUGACAUGGCAAAUACGCCUCUUGACACCUCAUCUGCUGACGUUUCUGUCUUCUGUCUUUCGUUGAUGGGGACCAAUUACUCAAGUUAUCUUGAAGAAGCAUACAGAGUGCUUAAGCCAGGCAGUGGCUGGCUUUUAAUAGCAGAAGUAAGAAGCAGGUUUGAUCCAAAUACUGGAGGAGCAGACCCAGAAAAGUUUUCAAUGGCUAUUUCUGAGCUUGGGUUUCUCAAAGUAAAACAGGACUUCUCAAAUAAGGUGUUUAUUUUAUUUUACUUCAAGAAAAAGGAUAAGCAAAAAUCUAGAAGGAAGGAAAUUGAAUGGCCUGUAUUAAAACCUUGUUUGUACAAGCGCCGUUGAGAUGAUAUAUCAUACUGGUGAUGCAAGUUCUCUUUGUUUUGUUU